AUGAAGCGCAUCAGCGCCACCGAGCUGCAUGGCAACGUGCUCAAGCUACCGCGUCUGCCCAUCCCGUCCGUUGUGGCUACCAUGGACGGGUACCGCUCAUCUUUGCGAGCGCUGUGGUCACCCGAGGUGACGGCACCUCAUCUAGCCAAGCUGGACGCCUUCCUCAACUCCUCUGCUCCUGUGUUGCAGCGGCAUCUCGUGGAUGCGGACAAGGCCGCUGCGGAGUCGGGCAAGGCACCGUUCACAUAUGUGGAGGGGCUCUUGGCGCAGUCGGCCCUCAACAGCCGUUUUCCGCAAGAGGUGAACAUGAACGCUGCGUUUGUUCUGCAGCCGGGCAUCCCCGGGGCGGAUAGGACGCAGGCUGGAGUAGCCUCGGCCCUCACCUACGGUAUUGCAUGCUGGAUCCACGAACUUCGGACGAACGGUCUUUCCGUCUCAGCUGACCCGGCAGCGCGGUUCGACGUGUCGCCGCUUCUCACUGAGUUUGGCCGAAGCCUCAUUCCGUCCAAAGAGACUGAUCUACUACACACCACGCCGCUGGAGAAGCUAAGGCACAUUGUAGUGCUGCACGAUGGUCAUCCCUACAUGGUCCGCGUCUUUGACGAGCACCAGUGCGUGCUCGACCGCAAGCUGAUCCAGAAAGCCUUCGAGUUGAUCCUCACUAUCACCCCCGACCAAGACAAUACGUCUCCCGUGUCGGUGCUGACAGCUGGUAGCCGCGCUGUGUGGGGUCAGGCGUACCAAGAGCUCCUUAGAACCCCUGAAAAUGCCGAGGUGCUGCGCCUCUUCCACGAGAGCAUCCUGGUGGUGUGCCUUGACAGCACGAAGUGGGGCAGCGACGAGAGUCUGGCGGAGGCCUCGGCCUUGCACGGCAGCAAGGAGGAGCUGGAGAACCGCUGGUACGACAAGCAUCAGAUGAUUGUCUCCGAGGAUGGGCAGGUAGCGUUCAACUUCGAUGCGACGGCGAGCGACCGCGUGCACUGGGCCAAGUGGAUAAGCGACGUACUCUCUAUCCUCAAGGAGAGGGGUAGUGGCGGGUUGUCAACGGAAGGCAUAGAUGGCGCCGCCGUGAGCGGCAUCGUGCGCCACCUGAGCGUGACAUACGGCAAGUCAUUCGUCUCGCACAUCCGCGCGGCACGCCAGGAGGCUCUAGCGAUUGUGGCAGACACCGAGGUGCACUCCAUUCAUAUUCCCUACGGCAAGGCACAGCUGUCUGCGCUGAAAGUGGAGCCGGAUGCGUUUGUGCAGAUGUGCCUACAGUUAGCCAUGCAUAAGAUGCGCAACAAGCUGUGCUGCACGACCGAAGUGUGCAGCACGGCUGGCUUUUUUCACGGCACAACAGAGCUUGUGCAUACGACGUCUGAAGAGAUGCUGGAGCUGGCGAAGCACCUUUCACAGUAUCAGCAGGAUGGCGAGGCUGCAGCGGUGCUGGACACAAACAGCAAAGAAACGAUUGCUAAGUUAAUUCACGCUACGAGCGACCGACAUGUCGCCCUCACAGCUGCCGCAUCGCGUGGCGAGGGGUACGACCGUCACCUGAUGGCCCUACGCCACGUCGCGCGGAUCAACGGUGACAAGGCCGCGCUUGCCUUCUUUGAAGACGGUAUGUUCCUCAAGACGAGCACGUCGGUGUUGAGCACGAGCGAGUUUAGCCAGCCGUGGCUGCGGUAUUACACGUUUGGCCCCAUGCAGAGCAGCGGCUACGGCCUCGGGUAUGUAAUUGAUGAACAGGAGGUGCGCGUUUCUCUCUCUGCCUUUACAAACAGCCCGACAACGAACGUGGCGGACCUGAAGGCGGCUCUGCUCCUGUCCUGCAACACCCUCUUCGAGGUGCUCGGAGGCGUGCCAGCCGCAAAACCCGCUACAGCAGGCGGCGCGAAGUGA